AUGCCUAUCUUCCGCCAUCUGAGGUCGCGGCUCUCCUCGUCGUCAUCACCUGCAACUGAAGCAAGAUCGGUGGACACCCACACCUAUUAUCCUACCGACGGAGAAUUUGUUACUGGUCCAACAACACGAAAGCGACACAUACCCAACGCCGCCCAACCGACAAAAGAACACCAAGCACGGUUGGAGCCCGUGUCUAGCUCGUCAUCCCAAGAGCCGUCGUUCUAUUGGCAAAAUAUCGACCCGCCGGCGCCCUCUCACAGCUAUCAACGACUGUCUUCUUACAAUAAUCGACUGUCGAGACGAUCGUCUAAGUGGAGGCCCAUGGUGCUCCCCAACAGCAAUACAGCCGCCAUGAAUAGCGCGCUUCCAGGCUACAACUCCGUGAGCGGCUCCGUCGUAGUGGACUGUAACGGGCUUCCCUACUUUCUGUCUCCUCAAGAGGAGAAGGAAAGAAAUUCAACGUUGCAACGUGCCGUUCAAGAAAGAAUGAUGGGGCUUAGGCGAGAGACAGAAUUUGCUUGGUCGCAGCCAUGCCACGGUGCUACGCUACCACGGUACUCUCCGCCAAAAGACACACAGUUACGCUCAUAUGCCAAAUGA